AUGAAUCCAUCAAAAAGAUUCAAAAAUGAAAAUAGUAAUAAAGAUAGUGAUGAUGAUAUUAUCAUAAUUGAAUCAACAAAAGCAUCAGUCAUUCAUGAAUAUUGUCAACAUAUUGAUAACAUAACAGGUGAAUCGUGCAAAGAAUAUUAUGCAAUUGUAUGCAUUCAUUGUAAUCUUUAUUUAUGUUAUAUACACGUUGAAAUACAUCGGGUAUUAUUAAUCAAUGAACGAGACAAGCUAGUAAAUGAAUUGAAUGAACGUAUUGAAGAAAUAAAUCAAUUAAUUGAAAAUCCAGAUAGAAUACAACAAUUAUUAAUAGAACAAAUGGAAAAUAGAAAGAAAACGAAAGUUUCUUUUAUUCAUCAAUUAAGUUUAGAAAAGUUAAUCAAUAUAAGCAAAAUAAUCAACGACUUAAAACAAUUAUUUGAACCCAUUCGAAUUGUUCUCCAAAAAACUCGAUGUGUUAGUUCAAUUCAAAUUAAAAAAAUUCAAGAAAGUUUUCUCAAAUUCGAUGAAAAUAAAAAGAUAUUAAUCAAUAAUAUAGUAGACUCAAUUACUAUUAAACAACAUCACUCGGUUAAUCUGUUUCAGUUAUCAAAUCUUGAUAGACCUUGUCGACAAUAUGAAUUACCUGUACACCAUUCUGUACAUAAUGAAAUGGCAGCCAGUGAAGAUGUGCUUGUUAUAAACGAUCGGGAACAUGUUCUGUUAUUUAAUUUAACAAAUUGCUUCGAUGAUACUUUAAUCCCAGAAUUAAUUGAAUGGAAAAAUUGUGUUGAUGGAAAAAUUAUCGAUAUACAAUAUAGUUUGUAUCUGAAAUUAUUUUUCAUUUUAACUGAUGAAAAAUUAUUUUCAUUGAAUCGUUUAUCAUCAUUGGUUUGUCUGUAUCGUUUUGCAUCUCUUCCAUGGUCAUGCACAAUAGUGUUAAAUUCAAUUUAUAUUUUAUAUAAAUAUUCCACAAUCAUUGAACAAUGGACAUUUCAACAAACAUCAGCAAUACAACUAGUCAAACAAUGGAAACUAAAUGAAAUUCUAACAGAAUCCGAACAUGAUCGACAUUUGAAAUGUAUUAGAAGUAAUCCUAGUCAAAGUCAGCUGGCGAUUUUAAUUGAAGAUGAUGAAUGUCGUUGGCGAAUAGCAUUAUUUGAUCAUGAUAUGAAUUAUUUACAGCAAACUAAUAUGCUUCCUAAUGCUUCAACAAUAGAUUGGAGUCUUAUUUUUUCAUUCAUUUCCGAUCAACAAUUAAUAGUUAUGGAUACAACAACAGAAACUAUUUAUUUAAUCACAAUUAAUGAAAGUACGUCAACCAUCAACUAUCAACAGUAUUCAAAUUCAGACUAUCCAGCAAAUGCAUGUAGGAUAACAAACAAUGACUGUAGUCAAUUAAUUCUUAAAAUGGUCAAACCAAAUAUGCUCAAAUUUUUUCAGAUUUAA